AUGGCACCCCCACCACACAUCGUCAUCAUCGGAGCUGGUAUUGUCGGCGCAAACCUCGCCGAUGAGCUGGUCUCCCGAGGAUGGGCCAACAUCACCGUCGUCGAGCAGGGCCCGCUGCAGAUGCCCGGUGGCUCGACGUCGCAUGCGCCAGGACUAGUCUUUCAAACCAACCCGUCCAAGACGAUGACCCGGUUUGCACAGUACACCGUUGAGAAAUUGCUUUCGCUCGAGAAAGACGGGCAGAACUGCUUCAACCAGGUCGGUGGCUUGGAGAUCGCCACCACAACGGAGAGACUUGAGGAGCUCACGCGGAAGCAUGGCUAUGCGUCCGCGUGGGGAAUAGAGGCGCGGCUCGUUAGUGCAGCUGAAUGCGUGAAUAUGUAUCCACUUCUGAACAAGGACAUUGUGCUUGGGGGGUUGCAUAUUCCCAGCGACGGGCUGGCGCUCGCAGCGCGGGCGACACAACUGCUGAUCGAACGGACACGUCAUGCAGGCGUCCGCUACCUAGAAAUGACGCCCGUCACGGGUAUCCAAAAGACAGGGACCUGCGUCACCGGCGUGAUAACCUCCGCAGGAGUCAUCAAGGCAGAUAUCGUUGUCUCCUGCGCAGGGUUUUGGGGCGUCGAGGUGGGCGCCAUGGCCGGCGUGCCAAUCCCCCUCCUCCCUCUAGCGCACCAGUACGCCAAAACCACUCCCGUCCCGGCCCUAGCAGGCCGCGAGAUCAACAACCGCCCCAACGGACUGAACGCCGCGCUCCCCAUCCUCCGCCACCAGGACCACGACCUCUACUACCGCGAGCAUGGCGACGCCUACGGCAUCGGCUACUACGGCCACCGGCCCAUGCCCAUCGAGGCGGCCUCGCUAGGCCAGACCCCGCACCACGUCGACGAGAAAACCAUGCCGUCCCGCCUGGACUUUACCGCUGAGGACUUCGCGCCCGCCUGGACCGAAACGCAGCGACUCCUCCCCGCGCUGCAAACAUGCCAGCUCGCCGACGGCUUCAACGGCGUCUUCUCAUUCACGCCCGAUGGCGGGCCCCUGGUCGGCCCGCCCCGACACUGGACAACUUCUACGUCGCCGAAGCAGUCUGGGAAUUUCAUCGAGAUCUACGAUAUCCUGCACCCGCUGCAGCCGCGUGAGUCACCGCGGGAGCUCCGUGUGAGUCCGUUCAACGCGCGGGAGAAGGAGCUUGGCGCGUUCUUCCUUGAGCUCGGUGUCUGGACCGGGGGGAGGGAGUUGUUGUGCCGGUUGAUGGCGGGUGGUGUUCCGGGCGUGGGACAGAUCGCUUAUACGCUCCUUCUGAACGAACGGGGUGGCAUCCGCAGUGAUAUUUUUGUGACGAGACUUGGAGAGCAAAUGUUCCAGAUUGGCGCCAACAGCGCGACCGACUUUGCGUAUCUCUCCCGUGAAGCCCGGCGGCAGUCUCAGCAACUUCCAGCGCGGUCGGUUCAGGUUCGCGAGGUGACGGGGCAUACCUGCUGUCUUGGGCUUUGGGGCCCUCGUGCCCACGAUGUCAUUCGCACACUAACGACUGAUGACCUUUCCCACGCCGGACUGCCAUAUAUGCAUGCUAGGCGCACCACCGUCGCUGGUCUCCCUGUGACAGUCCUCCGCAAGUCCUACGUCGGCGAGAGCGGGUGGGAAAUCCAGACGAGCGCAGAGUACGGGCUUCGCCUGUGGGAUGCCAUAUGGGCUGCUGGCCAACCCCACGGUCUUAUUGCCGCGGGACGAGCGGCACUCAACGCUUUGCGUCUGGAGAAAGGGUACAGGACCUGGGGGGUGGAUAUGAACAGCGAGCAUGACCCGUUCGAAGCGGGGGUAGCUUCAGCGGUGCAGGUUGAUAAACAAGGUAACUAUGUGGGUAAGGCUGCGGUGCAGCGACUUGCAAGGACACAGCCGGCCCGUCGUCUGCGGUGUUUGACCAUCGACGAUGGACGGUCGAUGGUGAUGGGUAAGGAGCCUGUGUUUUGGAAGAACAAGGCUGUGGGGUACAUCACCACUGCUGCGUUUGGGUAUACGAUUCGCAAACCCAUUGCCUAUGCCUGGCUUCCUGCAUCGAUUCAACAGGGUCAAAGGGUAGAGGUGGAAUAUUUCGGGAGGAGGAUAAGGGCGACGGUUACAAUGGAGCCGGUUUAUGACCCUAAUGACCGGGCGCUUCUGGCAGGAGAGACGGUGGUUAAGCCUGUGCUGAAGCCGUUAAGGCAUCUUCUAUAG